AUGUCCACCAGCAGUUGUAGUUUCAAAGACCGGUGCGUGUCAAUCCUGUGUUGCAAAUUCUGUAAACAAGUGCUCAGCUCUAGGGGAAUGAAGGCUGUCUUGCUGGCUGAUACUGAAAUAGAUCUUUUCUCUACAGACAUCCCUCCUACCAAUGCAGUAGACUUCAUUGGACGAUGCUAUUUCACUGAAAUCUGCAAGUGUAAACUGAAGGACAUCGCAUGUUUAAAAUGUGGGAACAUUGUAGGUUAUCAUGUGAUAGUUCCAUGUUGUUCCUGCCUUCUUUCCUGCAACAACGGACACUUCUGGAUGUUUCACAGCCAGGCAGUUUAUGAUAUUAACAGACUAGACUCUACCGGUGCAAACUUCCUACUUUGGGGCAACUUGCCAGAGAUAGAAGAGAAUACAGAUGAAGACGUGUUAGAUAUCUCAGCAGAGGAGUGUAUUAGAUGAAUGGAAUUAUGAAAUAUAUGAUAUUCAAACUUUUUCCUACUUAACAUAUAUAUUAAUAGAUCAACUUUAAAAUUGUUAGUAAGGAUUUGCCAGUGAUUUCUUUCUUUGGAAAACAAAAAUGGGGCAUUUGUUGAUUUAUUUAUUUGCUGUCUCAAAUUAAUUACCUGAGUUUAAUUUGAGCCAAUGUAGUUCUUUUCUUUUACUUCUACUUCUUCCUCUCUCUCCGUCCCUCUGCCCAGUAUAGAUAUUCU